GGCGCUCGGGGCCGCUGUACAAAUAGGGCGGCUGCGGGUGGCCCGGGCAGACAUGCGGGUCCCGCUCCGCUCCGUGCCCGCGCUGGCGCUCCGCGCCUUAGCCCUGUUCUGCCUGGGCUGCGCCCCGACCCGGGCUCUCACCUGGGCACCGACCGCAGCGUCCACCGGGGCGCUCACCUGGGCACCCGCCGGAGCCUCCAGCCGGGCGCUCACCUGGGCACCGGCCCGCGCCCCGCCGCGCUGCCCCCCGCUGAUGCUGCAGCUGCUCCGCGCCCCUCCCGCCCCGCUCCGCGCCGCCGCCGCCGCCGCUCUCAGCCUCUCCCCACACGGCUCCCUGCAGAACGGCUCCCGCUGGGCGCUCUCCUUCGACAUGUCCUCCCUCUCCAGCAGCCAGGAGGUGAGUCUGGCUCAGCUCCGUGUCCGCCUGCCCGGCCUCUCCCGCGCCCACAACAUCUCCCUGGACAUCUACCACAGCCAGCGGCGCAGGUGCCAGGGAGACGCGACCUGCGCCCACCGGCUCCUCCUGGGCACCGUGGCUGGCAGCCCCUCUGCCACCCAGGCUUCCUGGAAAGUCUUUGAGGUCACCAACCUGCUGCGGGCCUGGCUCCACCAAGCCGCGGUCGCUGGGCACCGGAACCCCGCGGGAACGGGGCAGUGGGAGGUGAGCGGCUCGGCCGCCCCGGCCACGACAGACACCGGCCACGGCGACCCAGCCCUGCCCCAGGACGUGGCAGACAGCGUCCUGCUGCUCGUCUUCUCCAAGGACAAGUCUCCAGGGGAGCACAGCCUCAUCAGGACGGCGGAGACCUCCAAGUACAUCAUGCGCGACAGCGGCUCGCAGGGCGCGGGGCCGCGGCGGCAGCGCAGGAACAGGGUGGAGAAGCAGCGGAUCAAAGCCAGCGGCGCCGCCGCGGCCGCCCCGCGGGAGCCGGGCAGGGCGCUGUGCCGGCGGGUGGACAUGGUGGUGGAUUUCGAGCAGACGGGCUGGGGCAGCUGGAUCGUGUACCCCAAGAAGUACAACGCCUACCGCUGCGAAGGGCUGUGCCCCUCGCCCGUGGACGAGACCUUCAAGCCCACCAACCACGCCUACAUACAGAGUUUGCUGCAGCUCUACAAGCCCAACGAGGUGCCGUGUCCCGCCUGCUCCCCGGUCAAGAUGAGCCCCCUGUCCAUGCUCUACUACGAGAAGGGCGAGAUCGUCGUCCGUCACCACGAGGACAUGAUCAUCGAGGAGUGCGGCUGCAACUGAGGCCACCCCGUACCCCGCCAGGAAGGUGCACGUCUGUGCCCAGGAGUGCCCCGGGGACCCAGGAGCGCUGCACGGGGCAGGGCGUCCCUGACGGCCCGUGCCCGCGGGCUGGCACAGCCCCGGCUGGGCCGGAGGAGCGGGUGCCCGGCAGCUCUGCCGCGCUGCACGGCCGCCGUGCCCGGCUGGAUCCAGGUCCACGAGGAAAAGGCCACCAGCCACCUCCCUGUGGUGGCACCAGGGGCACGUCUGGGGCGGUGGGUGCCCCGUGCUGUGUUUACCAAGGAGCUGGAGGCUGCUGUGUGGGACAGGCAGGGGCUGAGGUGCAGGACCGGGGCACGGCAGCACUGCUCCCUGCCACGACAGGGCUCAGGCAAUGGGAAUUCUCAGCCGUGGGAAUCAUCAGGAGCCACAGGUUCUCAGGACUCUGCACCUCCAGUGUCCGGCCAUGCUGAGCAUACACACCCCUGGGGUUUAGGCAUUUCUCCUAAGAUUUUUAUUAUAUUUCUAUUAAAAGUCUCCGAUUUCUAUUGCAACUCAGACAAGUGAAUGUAUUAACAAUGUCCAGAGCCCCAGCUGGCAGAUCCAGAUGGGCAGCUGUUACAAACAAGUAACCACAGCUCUGCUCGUGGCUUUUCCCCCUCGCUGGAUGGGGUGGUUGUGGAAAGGUCACAUCUGUACAAUUCUUCAAUAAAUUAUAUCUAUUAAAAAUGCC